AUGAAAAAUAGCAAAAAGGAGCUUUUCGCGCACUUGAAAUUGGUUCUUCUCGGAGAAUCGUCUGUGGGUAAGUCGUCCAUUUUGACUCGGUUUACUACGGGCCGCUUUCUGAAGAAUGAUGCCACUAUUGGUGCCGCUUUUACAUCGAAGUCAGUCACGUAUGAGACACCGACAGAGAUUAAAACUAUUAGUUUUGAGAUUUGGGAUACUGCUGGACAGGAAAGAUAUAGGUCACUUGCACCUCUUUAUUACCGAAAUACGGAUGUUGCUCUGAUUGUUUUCGAUGUAACGGUGAAAGAAACUCUAACAAAAGCUGAGAGCUGGAUUCACGAGCUUAAGGAGCAUAUGAGUGACGAAUCUCGAGAUGAGCCUCAUAUAAUAGUUGUUGGCAACAAAACUGAUCUUUUGGCGCAGCCCAUGUCCUAUAAUGAAAGUUAUGCCUUGGUAAGUGCGAAAUCUGGCGAGGGUAUUGAAUCCCUCUUCACGUCUAUUGUAGAAGCCAUUCCUCCGACUAAGUUCGUUGAAGAAAACGAUUUAGGAAGUAAAAAAUCGAAGGUAGAUUUGCGAAGGAAAGAGUCGAGAAACCAGAGCUGCUCUUGCUGA